AUGAACCGGUUAUUGUCAAACCAUACAAUGGUUGGUUUGUUGGUUUUGCUGCUACUACAGUGCUGCACCGGACACACGCUUCCGGAGAUUCCCGCCAUUAAGGAGGCUGCUGAUCAGCCGGCCACCCGAACCGAUGCCACCUCAACAACUCAACCGGUCAAAUACGAUGGUGCCCAGCUGUGGCGCAUCGCUUACGACGAUCAACCGAAGAAGAAUGCCGUCGCUGAGCUGCAGGAUCGAUACGAUGCGUCCAUGUGGAACUACAAUGCCACCUCGGUUGAUAUCUUUGUACGGGGGCAGCAGAUCCGGAAGGCAGAAUGUUUCCUCCGGGCGGCUAACAUCCCGUUCGUGGUGGUGAUCGAGGAUAUGCAGCGAGCAAUCGACACCGAGAACCCAUCUUUAGAAGAGACCGAGUUGUGGGAAAACCGGAACGGUCACCGCAUGACGUGGACGGCUUAUCACAGGCUGUCGGACAUCUACGACUGGAUGGACUACCUCGCACAAACCUAUCCAGAUCUUUGCAGCACCAAAUCAAUCGGUAAAAGUGUGCAGGGCCGGGAAUUGAAGGUGCUGCGCAUCUCCAACGGUAACCCGUCCAACAAAGCGAUCUGGAUGGAUGGUGGUAUACAUGCGCGGGAAUGGAUAAGCCCAGCCACCGUUACGUACAUCGCGAACGAGCUGGUGGAGGAUUGGGAUAAUCAGCCGGACCACCUACGCAACAUUGACUGGUACAUCCUGCCGGUGCACAAUCCGGACGGGUACGAGCAUUCGCACCAAUACGAUCGGUUGUGGCGCAAAAAUCGGGGCGGGCUCCAGUAUGGACCGUGUGCCGGGGUUGAUCUUAACCGUAAUUACGGCUACAAAUGGGGUGGCCAGGGUACGUCCAAACAGCCGUGCUCGGAAAUCUUUUGCGGAUCGGGUCCAUUCUCCGAGCCGGAAACGAAAGCGGUCAGCGAGUUCAUGCAGUCGUCGGCGGCGGAUUGGAAAGCUUUCCUGACGUUCCACAGCUACGGGCAGUAUAUCCUGUACCCGUGGGGGUACGAUCGGGUUGUCCCACCGGACCAUACCGAUUUGAAGCGAGUUGGCGAUGCGGCCGCUGAGCAAAUGCUGCAAGCGAGCGGUUCACGGUACACGGUCGGACCUUCUGGUAGCACACUCUACCCGGCGGCAGGUGGUUCGGAUGAUUGGGCACGCGGUGCCCUUAACAUCAAGUACGCCUACACGGUCGAGUUGCGUGAUACCGGUCGGUAUGGGUUUGUACUGCCCGCGAACCAAAUUAAACCCACCGGCGACGAAGCCGUCCAGUUCGUCGACAUUAUUGCACAGGAAGUGGCCAAACUGUAA